UGGUUUGUGGCGAGAGGGGAGGGAGGAUAAAGGGCCUCUCGCUCGCCGUUGCCAGGGCAACUUGAUGUCACUGUGACAUCACGCAGUAUUAAAAGCUUUUAACCGGAUUUCUCGCCUGCCUUAGGCCCCAUUUUGAGUCCUCUUUCAGCUAGGCUAAGGGGGGAAGGGCACACAGGCAGGGCUCUGUCUUUUCUCACAUGUGUCCCUCCCUCCCUGCAGACUGAACUCAGCUCCUGUCUGAGUAAAAAGGCUUUUAAAUYCAACCUCCAAACGUCCUCUGCAAACACACGGCCUGCACAAGGCCAAGAGAGGCCUUUAACACAACAACAGCAACAACCAAACAUGGCAGCAGACGAUAGUUUCAGCUACCUGAUGCACAGCGAGAAGCACCGGCGGGCCCCGAACUGGACGGACGGCGAGAUGAAGGCCCUCCUGUACGUGUGGGAGGAGCACCACAACGAGCUGAAGACCAGCAAGAGGAAUGCCAAGGUCUACGAGAAGAUGUCCCAGAGGUUCUACCAGCUGACCGGAGAGCAGCGCUACAAGGAGGAGAUCAAGAUGAAGAUCACCAACAUGUCUUUCCAGUUCAGGCGACUGAAAGCCACGGCCAACGAAACCACCGAGGUGCCCGAUUGGCCUUACUACAAGGCCAUCGAGAAGAUCCUCUCCAAGCCGCUGGAGAACGGCAGGGUGAACUCUCUGGAGUUUCAGAGUCCUGCUGCAGGUCCUUCCACUUCGUCCCAGUCCACCGACAACCCCCUGUCCCAGUCGGAGGAAGGCGUGAUGGGGUUUCUGCCSGAGUACACGGGCUCCUCGGAUGAGAUGGAGAUAAAGCAGGAGCUGGAAUCUCUGAGCUCAGACAGUGACCACACGCUCGGCUCCAGCUCCCAGCCCAUCUCCACCAGGAAGAGGCGUGCCAAAAAGUACCUGUGCCUGAAGAGGAGGAAGCUACAGGUGAUGCAGGACAUGCUGAAGCAGCAGAGGAAGUCGACCCGGGCCAUCGAGGAGACGUGCAGGGAGGUCCGUCGGUCCCUGCACCAACAGAACCUCCUCCAGGUCCAGUGUCUGCAGCUGCAGGAGAGGAUGAUGAACCUCCUGGAGAAGAUGAUUCAUCUUCCCGCCUCCACGGCGGUGGUGUGGGGGGCCAAAGACCCUGGCAAGCCUUGAGGAGCGGGAAGCCUUCAGUGUUUUUCUUCCGCUUUUAUGAAAAGUUAUCUUUUUAUUUACAAUUUCACCUCAAAAGCAAAAAUUUUCAAGACUUUAUAUGUUUAAAAAAUGACACCGCAACUGUUAUGAGCUCAUAGAUGGUAAAGACGUGCAUUUUUUUUUACCAUUUAUGAGGCUCCCUGAAACUCAUUAAAAGCUGUAAAUACUUAUGUUGAAACUUUAGCAUCUACUGUUAGACUCCAAUGUCAGUUUUUAGUUUAAUACUAGUUGAACAAAAAUAUUUCUUGAUAACUUGACAAGUACCUCAUUAAAAUCACUGAAACUGCCUUUGGAAAUCUUGUUUUUCUUUCUUAUUUUGUCAUGUUGGGAACAUCUUGUGUCAAAAAUGAGCUCAGUAAGUGAGAAAUUAAUCUUCAUUAACGUCAAGGUUGCUCAAAAAAGGCUGCAAAAYGUACUUAAACUGAAUAAAAUGUGAAGGAAAAUGA